AUGUACACAGUGCUCCUUCUAACCGUCCUUCUUACUACCACAUUUGCUAAAGAAGACCUCAGCUAUAAAUACCUCACGAAAGUAUACGAUGAAUGUCAGAAAUCGGACGCGAUUUUGCCAUGUUUGAAGAAGAAAGCUAUAUUGUUCUUCGAUCGGGCCGCCAGGAUGGAAACGAUACCUUUGCUAGACGGAGUGGACGUUGUGAAGGUGUCGAAGACAGAUGAAAACGUUCCCAUAAGCGAGAAUGAGAUAGACGCGGCACUCCCCAGGAAUUUGCAGGAUAAAAAUGAAGCCUUAACGCAAAUGCUGUGGGAUAAAGUGGCGAGUUUCGCUAAUUCGAGAACAAUACAGCUAGCCUUGCCGAAGAUGACUGGCGCAGAAUUAAACAGAGGAGUUGAAGAAGGACGGGGUAAGAUGAAGAAGAUGAUGGGGAUGAUGAUGAUGGGAGCUGCUAUGAAGAUGGUCGCCAUGAUUCCCAUGGCGAUGGCGGGAUUAUUCGUGCUUGCUGGAAAGGCUCUCAUCACAGCUAAGAUCGCAUUACUGCUCGCCGGUAUUAUGGUGCUUAAGAAACUCAUGUCCCAAGGGGGCGGUGGUGGGGGAAACGAAAGCCACGGCUGGUCCUCGGGCGGAGGCGGCGGAGGCUGGGAUAGGCGAGCCUAUGACGCGGCUGAGUUGGCCUAUUCCGCUUAUAAAAGAGAAUAG